UGAUUAUCAGAAUAAAUAGAUAGCCGGUUGUAAUUAUUUAUCGGUAAUAAUUACACAAUCAAAAUGCCAAGUGAAAUGAUAACACUUCAACUCGGCCAAUGCGGCAAUCAGAUUGGCUUUGAGUUUUGGAAGCAGCUUUGUAUCGAGCAUGGCAUAUCUCCGGAAGGAAUAUUGGAGGAAUUCGCGUCAGCUGGUUCAGAUCGUAAAGAUGUGUUUUUCUACCAAGCAGACGAUGACCAUUAUAUACCAAGAGCCGUGCUACUUGAUCUGGAACCUCGAGUAAUUCAUACUAUAAUGAACUCUCCAUAUGCUAAGCUAUACAAUCCAGAGAAUGUGUACCUGUCAAAGCAUGGUGGAGGAGCUGGUAAUAACUGGGCGUCAGGAUAUGCUCAGGGAGAAAAGCUGAAUGAGGAAGUGUUUGAUAUCAUCAAUCGGGAAGCUGAUGGCAGUGACAACUUGGAGGGUUUUGUGCUAUGCCACUCAAUAGCAGGAGGCACAGGGUCUGGCAUGGGUUCAUACAUCCUUGAGCAUCUCUCAGAUAGAUUUCCGAAAAAGCUGGUGCAAACUUACAGUGUUUUCCCCAACUUGGAUGAAAUAAGUGACGUCGUAGUACAGCCCUACAACUCCCUGUUGACUCUGAAGCGGCUAACAGAGAGCGCGGACUGCGUUAUGGUGCUGGACAACACGGCGCUGAAUCGCAUCGCGAGCGACCGCCUGCACAUCCAGAACCCCUCCUUUGCGCAGAUCAACACCCUCGUGUCUACAAUCAUGAGUGCCAGCACAGCUACCUUGAGGUAUCCGUCGUACAUGAAUAACGACCUUAUCAGCCUGGUGGCGCCGCUGAUCCCCACACCGCGGCUCCACUUCCUCAUGACAGGAUACACGCCCCUCACAGCAGACCUCGAACAAACCACCGCACCAAAGAUACGUAAAACGACAGUACUAGAUGUAAUGCAAAGAUUGCUGCAGCCAAAAAAUAUGAUGGUGUCGCUCAGCCCCGACAGAACAAACCAGCAUUGUUACAUAUCAAUAUUAAACAUAAUCCAGGGCGAGGUGGACCCCUCGCAAGUGCACAAGUCCUUGCAACGCAUCCGCGAGCGCAAGCUGGCUUCGUUCAUCCCUUGGGGGCCCGCCUCCAUCCAGGUGGCGCUGUCUCGUCGCUCGCCCUACGUCCACGCGUCGCACAAAGUGUCCGGGCUGCUGCUCGCCAAUCACACCAACAUAUCGUCGCUGUUCGAUCGAUGUCUACAACAAUACGACAAACUCCGCAAACGAGAAGCUUUCCUGGAAGUGUUCCGCAAAGAGCCGAUGUUCAAGGAAUCGCUGGAGGAGUUCGACGAGUCGCGCGGUGUCGUCGACGAUCUCGUGCAGGAGUACCAGGCUGCUGCCACGCCCGACUAUGUGCACUGGAACCCAGCGUACCAUGGUAGUCUUUGA